GUGAUCGCGAGACUGGCCAUCGACAAAGGUGGCGGUGCGGGCGCGCUCUGUGAUAUAUCUAGUUGAAAAUCGAACGGUCGUCCCUGAAAGUGUCAUUAGUGCAUGCGGUCAACCAAGAUACAUCAGCUACAGGUGAUCAAUCGGGUUCUGUGGUACUCGUUUUUGAACGACAGCUUCGCAAGUCUCUCGGAAAACCGCGGAGGACGUAUAGUUGCUUAGUUGUCUCGACGAAAUCGCAGGGGAUUCCUCAGACUGUGUAACGUCUAAACUGACUGGGUGAUAGUUUAGCUAAAUGAAAGUGCUCACAGUGGUAUCCAAGAGGCUGGUCUAAUAACGAAAUUAAAAUUUUGCCCGCCGAUUUGGGAAAGGUGGAGUAGAGGAAGGUUUGAGGAAUAUAACAAAUAAUUGGCUUCUGUGCCGAAACCGCCGCUGAUGCCGUCGCUUCAACGUUGUUUUCAUCUACAGUGAUUGCGCUUUCAAGCGUUAAGUGUACGACGCGGGUUCUAUGUGUUCGUCGCGGAGCCCCGAGGCAUGUUUCGCUCUACACAGUACCACAAAUGUAAUCAUCGAUUCAACAGAUGUUGACUAGGAUAGUACUAAUUAAGUGAGUGCUGGAAGCAUUUUAAAUAAUAUCACAUGAACGUGAAAAGUGUUUGUUAGUGGUGACAAUGAAUCUCCUCAGUAUAGACUGGUUCAAGUAAUUUAAGCUGUGUGCCUAAAAAAAUUACGUUCAACUAUCGCAUGUGAGCACAUGAAUAAAAAUAGCUGUGAUAAAUCAACAUUCACGACGGCUUCGGAACAAAAUCGUUCUAGCAGAAAAACAGAUGGCGUACCUGUCGGAUAUUGAUCUUGCUACUUUACACAGAUCUCGACUGGAGGAACGUGUUCACUACAAACUAUCCUCCUGGCAUCGAUCUGCGACGAUGGACGGAAACAUGAGUAAGUCUCCCGCCCAGAGUAAACCAACCAGAACUGCGUCAACAGCUUCAGUCGGUACAAGUACCCGGUCCGGCGCCUCCGCCACAAUCGAUGACAUAAUCAAUAACAAUGAACUUGAACCGGUCUACUCGAGUGGGAGAGCUGGACAGCAGCAAAAGAGCUCUGGUGGUACAUGCGACGUAAACACUUUAGUUCACCUCGGCGAGGCUAGAAGUGUGACGUCAAAUCGUCGGACCGGAGCUGGUUGGCACCAGUCAAAUGUUCAUGUGAUAAAACGCCGCAGCCGGAAUAGCAUUAGUUGUUCCAGCACUGGAACGAGUUCCAGCAGCAAUGGAAUUGCCGGCAAUACCAACUACAAACACGUUGAAUGGAGCGAUGACGACUACCUCAACGAUGACGGAUAUUUUUCGUCCGAAACGCGUCGCCGGAGAUCUGGCACUUGGCCGCGAACGCGAAGUUUAAACGCACCUUCUCCAUUCCAACAGUUUGGACCAUGUGGUCGGAUUAUGAAAAACUCUGCGAUGGUGAUGCAAAUUCAGGAUCCCGCCAGCCAGCGAUUGACCUGGUACAAGCCACCAUUGGCGGUACUGGUCAUAAAAAAGGUUCGUGAUUCGAAGGUGCUGCAGCCGUUUGUGGAACUGGUCGAGUGGCUCAUCCAGGAGAAGCACAUGGUUGUUUGGGUUGAGGGAGCCAUCCUGGAUGAUCCGUUGUUAACGGGAGACAAACGCUUCACCAAAAUCCAGGACAAAUUGAUUACGUUCAAAGAUGGUCGGGAUGACCUGACGGAUAAGAUCGAUUUCAUUAUCUGUCUCGGCGGCGAUGGUACGCUUCUUUAUGCGUCGUUGCUCUUUCAGAAGUCGGUCCCACCGGUCAUGGCAUUCCAUUUAGGCUCGCUGGGAUUUUUGACACCGUUCCAGUUCAACAAUUUUCAAGAACAGGUUACCAACGUGCUAGAGGGGCAUGCCGCGCUAACGUUACGCAGCCGACUGCGGUGUAUUAUCGUGCGGAAAGACAAGACCGAGCAGGAAAUCUCCACGUUCAGAUCGUCGCAAGAUCCGACGACUAACAUACUGGUCCUCAACGAAGUCGUCAUCGACCGCGGUUUGUCGUCAUACCUGAGUAACAUAGAUCUGUUUCUGGACGGAAAACACAUCACUUCUGUGCAGGGCGAUGGGUUGAUAGUUUCAACUCCGACCGGUAGUACGGCGUACUCAGCGGCUGCGGGAGCGUCUAUGAUCCAUCCCUCGGUUCCGGCUAUCCUCGUGACGCCGAUUUGUCCGCAUUCACUCAGUUUCCGACCAAUUGUACUGCCAGCCGGUGUGGAGUUGAAGAUUGCACUUUCGCCAGACAGUCGGAAUAGUUCGUGGGUCUCAUUUGACGGCAGGAACCGUCAAGAAUUGCUUCAUGGUGAUAGUCUGCACGUGACAACCUCCAUCUACCCGGUGCCAAGUAUAUGCGCUCAGGAUCAGAUUGCCGAUUGGUUCGAUUCACUGGCCGAGUGUCUUCACUGGAACGUUCGCAAGCGGCAAAAAUGCUUGGACGAGCUGUCCGAUUUGACCGGUUCCGGCACCGAGGAUAGCGCCCUGGAGGAGAUCGAUCGCGGUAUGGAGAAUCUAGAAAGUUAGAUGAGAUUGCGUUUGGUGAUGCACUGAUGCUACAGCUACAGCCGCUGUUAAAAGGCACCGUGCGAAGGCGUAACCGGUGAAGCAGUCGUUCGUAGGAAUGAUACUCAAUGGAGUCGAAAGUUAUUUUUUAAAUAUGCAUACAAUCUUGAGUGAAGUCUUUCUUCGAGUUUCACUUUGAGUUACCAAUUAUAAUUUGAGUAGAGGCAGUCUCAUAAUCACACAAAUCAGCAGCUACAGAACGGUAAUAAAGAUUGUGGUCAUAAAGCUUAAGUACAGGCUAGUUAUAGGUAUGUUGCAUAUUUAAAUCGAAACGGGAAAGUCGUUUUACAAAUCAAGGGAGUCUUUGAUAUGUACCGAUGUUUGUCAUAGUGGUCUGGUUGUGUUGGGGUGGGUUUAUGUAGAGUUUGAGUAGCUUAUUUACGUUGAUGAGAAUGAAACGGAAUAAGGUGCUUGGGAAUAAACAACCGUUUAGUUUUAUUUUUCUAAGAGGCAAUUGAACUUUGUAAUGAGUACCGAUUGACGAUGUGUUUGUGAAAGAAAUGAGCUUUUUAGGCGAUUAGGUUAAUUUUUUUUUCGUAUUUUAGUUUAAGAUAACCAUUUUUACAGUUGUUGCAGGCACUGCACACAAGCAGUCGAGUAUUGAGUGCAAGGAACGAACAAAAGCAAAUAAAGAUCGAUUGUUAAAAUUUUAGCUGUUAGGAAAAGUUGAUCUUUUCAAACUUUAUAUAAAAUAUUUAAUAAAAAAAGUUUACCAAACCAA